UCAUAUCGUUCCAAUACUUUGCUCGAGAAAAUAGAAACAAGUGUCAGAAUCAGAUGAAUCCAGAAUUCGCUCCCAAAUGUCGCCGUCCGCUUCAAUCUCCGAUCUCCGAUCGCCGCACCGGCAGCACCAACAGUUCGCUCGAUUACCAUCACGCAUCUCAAAUCAGGGUCUCUUAGUUUUUCUUUGAUUUACAAAAACAAAAACAAAAACAAAAACAAAAAAAUGGAAGAAAAAGGUAUUUUCACUUCUGGGCAUGCCCUUACGGUCAAUGUGGCUCAAAAUUCUGAGCCCACGGAGGAGUUGCCGAUGCCAACUCCGGUAACUGCAGCGUCGCCUAUGCCGAUUUCGUCCUCAAUUCCGGUGACCGGGGAUUUCUCAGCCUUGAAAAGAGGUAGGGGGAAGCCACGGAAAUCAACCAAAAAGCCUUUAAUUGUUUAUGAUUUUAAAGAUGAUGGAACAACAUACUCUCUUGGUUCCGAUUUCACACCUCACGAGCUUAUAGUGAAUUCUGGCGAGGAUGUUGCAGACCGAAUUUUCCUUCUCUCUAAAGAAUUCCCUGCUAUAUCCCUUCUCUCUGGAAAUGGCACUAUUUCAAGUGUCAAACUUGUUCAGUCAGAUUCUUGUGGUGGCGUUGGGACUUCGAAAUUCGAGGGAACUUUUGACCUUUUAACCUUGAAUGGCUCAUACGUGCCUACAUUGGAUGGGUUAACAAAGGAGAGAGUUGGUAAGAUAACUGUCUCUUUGGCUUAUCCAGAUGGCCGUGUUUUCGGGGGCGAAGUGGCUGGUCCUUUGAUAGCUUCAAGUCCCGUGCAGGUUGUUGCAUGGAGUUUUGUUCCUGGUAAGCAACUGGAGCAAAAGAAAGGAAAGAAGAUUGUCAAUCCUACUUCUCCGGUUGUCCCUCCUGCUUAACAUUUAAGGAGAUAAAGGGACAUAUAUUGUUUAGGUGUUUUUGAAAUAUUAUAGUUUAUAUGUUCACUUUUGUUCAAAUAUAUUUAGUUUAAAUAUUUCAAAUAGUAAUUUACUAUCAUUGUACAA